GUUUGACAGGAGGAGGAGGAGGAGGCGGGACGGGACUCUCCGGGUGGCGGCGGCUCGUCGGUCGAAGAGCAGCGGACCGUCAUGGACAGGACGGCGGUGGUAAAGGUCGGAGCCGCGGCCAGCGCCAGCGUCUGUGCCCUGUUCGGCGGUGUCGUUCUGGCCCAGUACAUCGUCGCGAAGAAGAAGCGAGCGGGCAAGAAAACCCGGAUCAUCGAGAUGGUGAGUGGAAACAGAGAGCGCACGCGAGUCAAGACGGUUGGAGGCGGAUAGAUAAGAAACCGGAAAAAGAAGGGGUGACCUUCAAAAUAAAAGCGCGCAUUCUUUAACGGCUAACACUGUGACUGGUAGUGAGGAUGCGGUUCUUUUGAAGUGGUUAAAGUAAAAAAAUAGGCUGCUAAAACAGAAAAGUACUGACUCCCCUGUAAAUUUUAUGGCGUUAUGCGAUAUUAAAUGUUAAAGUGAAAGAAAAACUGCGUAAAAUGUGUACAUGAAAUCUUCAAUCAAACUUUAUUUUUAUUAAAACACUUUUCAUACAUAGAAUGUUCCACAAAGUGCAGUCUAUUCAAGUAGGACAUUAAAAAAAACAAUGAAAUAAAAUAAAUACAAAUACAAAUACCAAACCCCACCCACCCUCCCAACCCACAUUCAACACAUACAGCACUCACACACUCACACACACACACACAGAUGCACACACUAAAGGUGAGGACUCUUCAACUUCCCACAGAUGACUGAGGAAACGCUAUCUUGAGUUAAAAAAGAUCAGGAAAUAUUUGACUUAGGAUUAAAACGAUAAAACCAUGAUAAAAUAUAAUAAAGGUGAUAAAAUGUCAAAAUUUAAUUAAAUAAAACAGUCUUAAAAUCCAACAAUAAAAGAAAAUAAAUUAAAAAAAGAGGUAAUAAAACACAAAAUAGUAUUUCUAGAGCUAGAGUUCACACUGCAGGUCCUGAUGCACAAUUCAGAUUUUAUGUUAAAUCCGAUCUUUUUGUGCGGUCGCUCACAUUACAACAACAAAUGCGGCAUCUAAUAGGAACAGAAUGCACACAAAGCACAAAUUGCUUUCCGCGCCUGUUUGUCUUGUCGAACAAUGGUGACAAUUGUCGCAUAUUGAUAAUGUAUAGUUCGGAUGAAUGCUACCUGAGCGUCCACACUGCAGUCCCAUCGGAUACAUAUCCGAUUUAAAUCCACAUACAGACGAGGCCUGGGUCAGAUUAGAACAAAUCAGAUAUGUGUCACAUAUGGUUAAAAAAUUGGAAUUGACCUGCAGUGUGAACAUAGCCUAGUACUAAAAUAGGGUAAAAUCACAUAAUGCAGAUUAAAAGAUUAAAACAAAAUUCAACCUAAAGCCAGACUAAAAAGGUCGGUCUUUAGUUUGGUUUUAAAAAUAUGAACAGUAGGUGUCGCUCUCUUAAAAGAGCUUUAAAAACUAAUAAAAGAACCUUAAAAUCUAAUAAACCAGUAUAAGAGUGUCAAAAUAUCUGUGUAAAUGGAAGUAUAAUGAGUUACAAAGAUUUUCUCUGUUACAGCAUUAUGUUUAUACACUCAACCUCUAUGGGACAUUGCGACAUAGACGUGCUUUUAAUCUGAAAAUCAUGACCGGAAGUGUGCAUUAGCGUUUUUUCCACUUUACAGUCAUGAUCCGCACUGUGUCCUGCGCAUGCGUAGCUAUUCCCUAAAACAGCAGCUGUUUUUUAGAGGUCACUAGCUAGCUUUUCUUCCACAGAAAGAGCAGCGGGACAUUGUGACAGUUUAUCCUUUGUGUCAGGGAUGCUCUCCGCUCCUCUGCUGCUGCUGCUGCUGCUGCUGCCUGCUCACAGCUCACCACAGUGUGAGGGUUACACAAGCUGCUGCAGACCAACACAGUCCAGCUAUGUAACCAGUCUGACAGGAAUCACGCCUCCCUGCAAACGUAAACAUCUAAGACAAACCCAAGACAAAUGGGAUAAAUAAGGAGAAAAGGACAACAUGUGAGAAAAGAGCUCAUAGCUGCCCUGGAGAAGCUUCCACAUUAAGACAUGAUGGUUUCCUCUUCCUGUUUUAAUUAUAGUUAUUAUAAUUAUCAUAUUAAAAAUAGUUAAAAAUUUUAAAGACUAUGCAGGAAGAUGGGGCUGCACCGUUAUAGCUAAUAUUGAAAUCAUAGGCACACUAUCAGUGCACUGCCAUUUUCUUGCAGUGCUGACAUGUUGUUUGUUACGGUGGCCGAGAACCGCGAGAACUGCUGUAAAUAAAAAAGAAUGCAAAGAAGAGAAACCACAACGGAAGUUACCGAUGCAAAAAAAAGAAACAGAAGUAUGUUGCAAAUAAAAAACGAAACUGUGCAGAUUAACUAAAAAAGCCACAAUGGAAGUUAACGACGCAAAAAAAGUGGUGAUGCAAAAAAAAAAAAAAGUUACACACUGUGAAAAUAAAAGGAUGCAAAUGAAAAAAGCCACAAUGGAAGUGAGCUGCUGGGGACCGAUAAUGAUGAUGCACCAGUGUUUUAUGAUCUCGGCACAGAAGAUGACGGCGAGAAGACGAGCAAAUAAGUAAGUGGAAAGGUUAUUGUUUAAUUUUACUUCGUUAAGUUUUCAAUGUGUCAUUUGGUCAUUCUGAAGUUGAACUGGAGGAUGUCGGUGUAGUGUUAGCUUCAGUUCAACUUCAUAUCGACUCAGGCGCUACAUGGUCUAACCACAUGACACAUUAAAAAGUUUACAAGGUGAAAUUAAACAAUAACCUUUCCAUGAACUUCUUUUCUCGUCUUUUCGCCGUCGUCUUCUGUGCCUAGAUCGUAAAACACCGGUGCAUCAUCAUUAUUGGUCCCCGACAGCUCACUUCUGUUGUGCCUUUUUUUUUUUUUAAUCUGCACCGUUUCUUUUUUUCAGUUUGGGUUUCUUUUUCUUUGUGUCGUUAACUUCUGUUGUGACUUUUUUUGCAAUCUUUUUUUAUUUGCAGCAGUGGCGGUUCUCGGCCACCGUAGUUUGUGUCUUGUCUGUUACUCUGUUGUGGUUUUUACCCAUAAAGCCGGAAACACAGCAGAGUUUUCAAAGUGGACAUCCUUUAUCGCUAACUUUGAGUUUAGUGUCCAGAUUUGUCAUGACAGCUAAAACUCCGUCAUGCACUGAAAUCACAAGACAGCAUAUCAAUCGGAAGAGAAAUCUCAUCAUGUUUUCAUAUCACGAGACCACGUAUCACCCCUGCUGUUUAGUGCUGUGGCCUUGUUGUCCGUGCUCACCCAGUCCCUCUGCUUCACUAACACACACACUUGAUUUCCUUGCUCCCAGCCUGCUUUGCUGCAGAUGGUUUUCUGUGCUCUCAGUUCCGCGUCUUUGAAGCAAGCUGUGUUGGCCAGAAAUCGUUUUUUAGAGAGAUGUUGUAUCUCAGUAGGAAUAAAACUGAAAAAUAUUGACAGCAACUCAUUUAAUUAUUUAGGUAACUUUAAAACUUAAAUAUAAAAAUCUAUCAGUAUCCUUACAAAACAGAGAUGCCUGUUUGUGUCUUCUAGGCCUCACAGAAGAUACUUAGACUUUGUAUUUUGACGUCAGUAGAAGGCGUUGUUCUGCUCCGUAACUGCACCAGGAUCUAUAUGAUUCAUGUCUGAGUUAUUUGGCCCCACCUCUAUUUGUAAGAACUGUCUACCCUCACAGAUACCUUAACACACCUACGAGGUUAUUCACCUGAAAUAAACUCUCUGGUUCUUAGAGGUAUCGAAAAGCGUCAGUGCUGCUUGAUAAUAAUAAGAGAUUAAAGUCUCUACUGUCCAAAUGGGAGCAUCACAAUUCUGUGCACUUCAAAAAUACUUCUUCUGAAUGUUGUUUUGUGGCCCUGCUGGCCUCCGUAUGUCCUCUUAACUCAGUCAGUCCAUCAGCUGACAUGAAUGGAUCUCCAACAGUGUGAGCAGAUGAAGAUCAGGAGGAGCUUCUGCUUCUGCUAAUGUGAUUUAGUUUCAUUAACAGAGCUUACAUGUCCAAAGGGGCUGGUUUCCACUCAGAGCCUCUCAUGUAAAUUUAGACCCACUUCUGCUGAGCUUAUUUGGUUUGUUUGCAUUUAUUCAGAUACAUGUGUUAACCUGUGAAAUCCAGCCUUCUUUCCUGGAUUACAGAGUUGUAGCUGCAGACUCCCACAGAUGUAGUCCAAACUGUCUGGACUGAAAUAGGCUUAAAGCAGCGAGCGUUCAGGCUGUGUGGCUGCCCGCCACGCUUUGUUUGUUCAGCUCUUUAGUAAAUCCAGCCGUCUGGUCAAAGAGUGAAAGUGGAUGAUGAGUUCUGCAGCUCCAGGAUAAAAUCAGCCGGCUGGUUUCCUGUCUGAUUUCGGCGUGUGAAAUCUUGACCAUCUGCCUUUGAUGAGGCUGUAGGAGCGCAAACAUCCGCCCAGAGCUCCAGGGGUCCAAAACCACGCCACAGGCGCUCAGUCGGGCUUUCAGUUUCUGUCAGAAAUUCCUCUUUUAAGUGAGUUUUAUGACUUUCCUGUCUGACACGAGUCCUUUUAAAACCUCUGUGUCAUUUUAGAAAUACGAGGACAACAUCGAAGAACAAACAAGCUCUUUUCUUUAUUCACUCUGAAUCACCGCUGAGGUUUUGUUCACAGCUGACUUUGUUUUUAGAUUAUUGCUCAGUUUCACGAGUCUGUCUGUCGGCCUGCACUUUCAAUCAGAACGUUAGGAAGAACUUUCUGUUUCUGUCAACUUUGGCGCCCCCUGUGGACAAAGUCAUACCUUCUUUCUGUGCUUAUUUUGUUAUGUACAUCUGUGAGUCGUGUUUCCAGACAAGAAAAAAAAGACUAAAAAAUGCAUCACUGACUGUGAAUAAAAAGGCAGAAUCAUCUGGUCUGACCCUGACCCCCUCACAGCAGUAACAAACACUUCUCAUACGGAGAUAGAAAUGGUCUUGUCAGCUUUAGUGGGUCAUAAAAAAGCAUCCCUAACCAGAGGAAAACUCCUCGUUGGAGCGUUGAAUGACUCCUGAUGAAGAGUGGCAGAAAUGAUGGUCAUGGUUUGGAGUCAUUACUGCAGUAUAUAUAUAUACAUAUAUUGUGAUGUGAGAAAACACCGGAGAGUUUAACAGAUACAUUCAGUGCAUUUACUCAUGCUUAGAAAUGAUGAGGAAAUUAUAAUAUUUAUACUCUGACUUUUUAAUUUCAUCUCCCUCCUCACUUACAUAAGAGUGUUCAGCUCUCUGACAGCAGCUCUGACUCCUGUCAAAGAGACAAAGGUGGAGCAACAAGAAGCUUAACUCAUGAAUGAAACUGACUCACUUAACGCCUAAUUGAUAAUUGCUGCCAUUGUUAGAGAUUAUGUUUAAUCUGCGUCACAAACCCUCUGACAGUAACUCAUCAUUGAACAAUAACUCACUGUCUGUCAAGAACUCAUUGUCAGUGAGCGCUGAGACGAGCUGGACGACACCGUCUUAAAUCAGUGAUGCUUGAUUGGGAGUUUUUCUGUGUGUCUGUGAGGGUCGCAGUGUUAGGACUCGUGUGCAGGUUCACACUCUGCAGUCAUGUCGUACACAGACUCUGCAGUAGGGCUGGGCGAUAAUCCAAAAAUUUACCAAUACCGAAAUUUGCGACAAUAACUGACGUCAUUUUGUCCAUAUCGGUAUAUUCGGUGUCAAUAAAAAUAAAUAAAUCAAAGUUGUUUUUGGAUGUGUGUAGGUAGGCUAUGGUCUCAUGUCCCUUUAAGACGCUGUCCUACGUCAGAGACGUGACUCCACCCCAUCCAGUCUGUAACAAAGAGGGAAAGACAGAUGAGGAGAUGGAGGACGGAGAGAAAGUUGUAGCGGCUGAAGUAGACGAAGUUAAUGUGGGAGGGGCUGAGCAGCUUGUGGAGUAGUUAUUGUCCAUUUAUCAUGAUUGUUCGUCACAGCCCUGAGUAGGAAACACAUCUUACAGCACAGAAAAGUGUUUUUUUGUGGCUGUAAAGUUUGUGAAAGUUUCAGAAAGACCUGAUUGUAUUUUCUCAUGGGCUCCACAGCAGGACAAAUUACCCUCUAACCACAGGGUUCAUCUGUUCAUGCUAAAAUACACAACUAGGUUCUGUGGAGACAGAGAAAUAUGAGACGUUUCCAAUAAUCCAGGUACGAACUGUGUCACUGUGUGAAGCACUGGAGGGUAUUUCACUCAUUUAACCUCCAGAGGGCAGAACUGAGCCGCACUUGAACACAGGAGCUGCACGUCGUCCCUUUAACUGAUGAGAAAUGAAAUCGUAUUUAAGGAUAAAAAUCAAAACUGUGAGAUAAAGUGAGACUUAUAAGAGUGAGUCACACUUAUGAGAUUUUAGGAUUGACUAAUGAGAUCGGGAGUUAUUUCUUAAUUCACACAUGAGAAGUCGUAAUUUUGAGAUAAAAAUGAAACAUGAGACAGCAAGUCAUAAUGUUGAAAUUAUGAGAUGGUGGUUCAUAAUUAUGAGAUUAAAAAAUCUAAAUUAUGAUAAUUCGCUCUCGUUUAUUAAUAUAUACAACAUUCUGUCUUUAUCUUAUAAUUUGUACUUUUUUAAUCUCAUAAUUAUGACUCAGAUUCCCAUCAGUCUCCUUAAUUUUACUUUUAUCUCAUGACUUGAACCUUCAUAUCGUCUGUGCCUGCAGAGAGUCUCAGGAUGUCCAUGAAAGGAUGUUUUAGAGAAGAGUCUGAGCUGACCGGCGCUUUAUCAGUGACAACAGACGGCCGCCAACAAAGUUUUGCUGAGUGAGGGAGUAGAGCAAGAGUAUCAGCAUUAGUUUUUUUUUUCACGAUAGUAGAAGUGAAAGAGUUUAAACUGGUGCUGUCGGCCCAGCGGUGCCUGCAGUACCUGGAGUUGGCGGUACCGUGGACUUGCAGAUGUAGUAAAUAUAGCCACCGCUGCAGAGGUCAGGAUCAGCUGCAGCAGAGUCAGGGUCAGGAUUCCCUCAACAAACCAUGAACUCCCACCUUCAGAGGAGAGGGGAACACUGCUGACCUCUGCAUUUUUAACCCACGGUGACUUUUGACCCUGAUUGGCCAAGGCUGGGAUUACAGCAGCCUGACCUUUAUUCAAACUUGUGGGUCAGAGGGAUGCUUGGUGAAGUUGGAGCUGCUGAUCUUCACUUCAGGGAGAGUUGGAGCUAAGAUGGGCCUCCUUGUAAACAGCUAGAAAAUGCACCUACCUGUUCAUCAGUUCAGCUCUGCCUCUAAUUACACAGAUUCCUGUUUAGUUCUUAGUCUCUCCAAACCUUCUCCAGCUUCUGCAGGCAGCACUUGGGAUUUUAAACUCCUCUGACCAGGUGUUCGUAGUGAUUUCUCCUAAAGUAGUGCAUCCAGCGAGGAGGAAAAAUAGGUCAGGAGCAAAAAAUUAUUUUACAAAUGUAUUUAAGAAUAAACCCCUAAAAAAAGAGCUUCUUACAUAUUCUCCUGAGUACAUUUUCCUUUAUUUUCCUGACAUUUUAAUUUGAAGUCUAACCCCCAAUUUUCCGAUUCAGAACAGCGGUGAUUUUUAGCGUCUGCCAAUUCCUACCGGCUCUGUUUGUGAGGCAAAUUUCAUGGCGGAUUACGGACAGCGGGAAUCGUAUAUAAGCAGUAGAUUGUGUCCUUCCAGAGGAGGAAAUCUACUUCUAAACUUCUAGAAUCAGCAUCUCCUCAUCCAUGGUGUCAUCGGGGUGAAAUGACGUCUAAAAACCUUUCACUUGUUCGUCUCCAAGGUUGUUCGUCUGUGCCCGACUUCCUUUCCAGCACGGGUUAAUCUGUGCUGAAUUUAUCCGCCAUGCUCCGGCGUCCAGAAAAACUAGAACUCUUGUGAUCAGCUGAGGAGUCCGGCGAUCCGCAGAGGAACGGAAAGAAGUCGGUGGAAGUUGACACGUUAACUUGAAUGGUUACGAUCGGCUACGAUCGGAGGAUACGACCUUUUGGUAGCUGUUCCUGAUGCGGUGGAAAUUUGGGGUAAGGCCUUUGCUUUUGAGGACAGCCUCAAGUGGUCACUCCAGGAACUGCAUCUGUUUUGCACAUCUUCUUUUUCUUCUUCCAGCUUGUGUUGAAUUUCUUCUGGGCACUGAAAGCGUUUAAAGAUACUCAGAGAAACACACACCACUGUGCAGAAAUACUGACACUGACACAGAGCUGUAAAGAUUUUGUGUUGUUGAGGGAACAUCAGCCUCAUGAUCACUCUGACACUUUUGGGUAUUCAGGCGACUCCCUUGCAUGAUUUUGCAGAAGUUGCACUUUAAAACGAUCACACCGGACGUCCAAACACCAGAGUUAGCUGUUUAGUAAUGCAAAUAGCUGCAAAGCCGAGGAUCAAACCAUUGUGCAGCAUUACAAAGAAAAACACUUCCUGCUGGUGACUGUGUCCGUCUGUGCAUCUACAGCUGUGAUGGUGUAAUCAGAGAGGGUCGACCCAGUUUUCAGAGGUGGUGGUAUUUAAGGUUAGGAGAGGGAGGACCAGGUUGACUCAUGUUCCAGCCUCGAACAUCAACAGUACAGAAGACAGCAGGGAGCCGAGCCUCGUUCAGCAAAACAUGAGCCCCUGACCGAGUGUCAGGGUUGCAUAAUGCUGGAGCGCAGAUUGUUUUUCUUCUACCCCUCAUUAGGUGAGGAUUAUCAUGCAUCAGCAGAUAUUUGACAUUGUGAAAGUGUGGAGAGAAAAGACGAAGGGGGAGCGGUAUCUCUGCAGGCUGAAGAUGCAUCUCACCUCCUGGUUAAUCCCGUUAAAUUCCUCUUUUAUAGUCUAGUUUCAAUCAUGAGUCAAAAUUUAACACCUGCUGAACCUACCUCAGAGUCACAGUGCGUGGUACAAUGACAUGUAAUAUCAUCAUUUUAGAUGAACAGAUUAAAUUCCUCCUUCAUUUUGAGUUUAUUCUCUAAAGUCCUGAUCAAUCAGAGCAACAGCAGUUAAAGUUUUUAAUAUAAUCAGCUGUUGGAGAUCAGAUUGAGAGGAUUAGAGACCGUUUUUUUUACCCUUACAGUCAUUGAAUUAAAUAAUUUAGUCGUCUUUGAUGAAGUCUGUUUCUGAAAGAGAUGUCUUCAGGGUAAGGGUUGUUCACACCGACUUUUGUAAGACCCCGCAGGGCCACAGAGAAGCUUCGAAACGAGAACCAGCUCAUCCUGAAAACAGAUCCUGUUUGUGUGCAUGAAACCCAGUCAAAACCUCGGACACGCUCAGACUUGUCUUUCUGUAUAUUUUGCGUACAUACACGACCUAAAUAUCCCAGCAGCAGCAGCAGCAGCAGAGAACAGAGGAGUCUGGACUCUGUGGAUGUAUAUUUGCGUGUCUUUGCAUCCAUGUGAGGCAUGUCCAUUAGCCGUGUCAGGAUGCUCACUCUGAGCCUUGACAUCUGUGACCUCUGAAGCCCUGUCACUCCAUUUAUUACGUGUGUGUGUGUGUGUGUGUGUGUUUGCAGAAGGAAUGUGCAAAUUGUGUGCACUCAGCAAUAAUGGUGCUGAAGCCGCCCUAACUGAUUGAUUUUAAAGGUUUCUCUUAAAAGGGGUCAAAGGUCACUGCGAAAUAACAGGAGUGUAUUCUGAAUGUCACUGUUCCUCCUCUGCCGGCUGGUUCACAGUCUGUUUAUAUGAACUCAGUUUGUGCUUCUAGGUGUUGACAUGUGUCAGCUUAAAUCAUGAGGCUAAAUUUGACUCAGUGGAAUAAACACUGGUGGCUGCCGGUUAAAAAGUCCCAAACUGGAGGGACAAUGGAGUGAAUCGUAUCGUAUUGUAUGAUAUCAUAUAGUUUCAUAUUGUAUCCUAACAUAUCGUAUCCUAUUGUAUUGUAUUGUAUCAUAUUGUAUCGUAUCAUAUUGUAUCGUAUCAUAUCGUAACGUAUAAUAUCGUAUUGUAUAUUAUCAGAUCAUAUCAUAUCACAUCUUAUCCUAUCGUAUUGUACCAUAUCAUAUUGUAUCGUUUUGUAUCGUAUUGUACCGUAUUAUAUUGUAUCGUAUCGUAUUGAUAAUAUAAUGAAAUAAUAUAAUAUUGUAUGGUAUAAUAUCGUAUUGUACUGUAUCAUAUUGUAUCGUAUUGUAUUGUAUCGUAUCGUAUUAUCGCCAUGGAACUAAAGAAAACAACUUUAUUUCUGUGUCAAAACAUGUCUUUCUCACUUUAACAGAUAAUCUAAAAAAAAACAUAUAAUCCAGAUUGUAAAAUAAACUUUGCAACAGUUAAGAACAUCUGGGAAAAAUGCAGAUUUUAUACGAGAAACCAUCCUAACCCUGAUUUUGACGGGCACAUAACAGCAGUAUCUCAUUUUGAAGAAGAGACUUCUGUUGAUGAUUUGACGCCUGUUAAACCUUUAAAAAGCAAACAUCAGAGAUAUAGAAGCGUUGUUCUGUUAAGGACUCUGCUCUUCAUUUCUUUAAGUCCAAAAAUCAAUAAAGUUGGAGUUUAUUGACUCUGCUGCUGAGUCUUUUUUUUUUCUGGCCAUGACAUGACGGUAUAGAUCAAGUUAUGUGGCAGCAGAUUUUCGAGCCUGUGUUGUGUUCAUGACUGAAGCACAAAUGCAAGUGCAAAACAAUCUCCUGCAAGGGGGAAACCCGUCCUGCAGAGCUGAGCACAUCAUUACUGUUAAUAAAAUUAAACCAACAUACCAAACCUUUACGGUCUCUACUGCUGCAGAUCAGUCAACCUCUGUCCAAACUUUAAUCAGUUUCUAAUUCCUGAAUUAAAACCACUGAUGUCAGAUAAAUUCAGAGCAAAUAUUUGAACAGAAAUACAGUGUUUACUUUCCCAGCCACUCUAACAGGAGCCGCGUCUUCCCAGCAAACAGGAGAGGAGGAAUGACAGCAGAGUCAAUAAAGACUUGGAUGGAUUAGGAGUUUAAAAAACAGAGUCAAUGUCUGUUUCUCAAAGACAGACUCAGUUUAACCAGUGAGUGAGGGUUUAUGACUGUAUUUGGUCGUGUGUUUUUGUGUAUGUAUGUGUGUUUGAGGCUCUCUGUGCAGGGGGAGGGGCUUUGUUGUUGAAUCUAUGUUAGGCUCUGCCCCCUUCCCUCCCUGGCUGUUGCUGUAGAUAUAUAAGCCCUCUGCAGCCUCACAAUCUUUUCCUCACUCCUGUUUUAUCUGAGACAACAGACCCGAGGUAAGAAAGUGUGUGUGUGUGUGUGUGUGUGUGUGUGUGUGUGUGUGUGUGUGUGUGUGUGUGUGUGUGUGUGUGUGUGUUUUGUGAGCUGUAGCCACUUCUCUGUCAUAAUAACAACUUAAACCAACAUCUCUGCUAAAAUUUCUUGCAUCAAAAUGUGAAACUCGAUGUGCUCUCUGCUCAUUAAAGUACUUCAGCUUCAUUAUUUGUUCUUUAAAAUAGAGAAAUUAAGAUUUUCUUCAGAGUGGACUGACCUGGUGUAACCUGCACAGGCUUAGAGGAUAACAUCUUUUUAAAGUCUGCAAAACAUUUACAGUAAUAAAAAAAAAGCACAAGAAUCCUAAAUGAUUGGCAGCAUUGUCUGUCUGUACUGUCCGAGUGUUUUACAGUUUGUUUAGUGUUCGCUCAGAGGAGAGCAGGUUGAAUUUCUCUGCUGUCAGGGGAACACGCCCUCUUUGAAAACUUCCUCUUUACUGCAGGUCUGGUGAGCAUGUAAAAGAUAUUUACAUAAACAAAUGUUCGAUCACUGUCGAGUUCUGAAGAUGUGAAGUGAAAGAGGUUGUUUUGGUCUUUGCACACACAGAGUUAUUAAUGUCUGAGUCUUAUUAGAGAGUAGACAGUACGUAAUAAAGAGCUCAGUCUUAUUUAGAGUUUGCUGCUCCUGGUGUCGAGUGUCUGUGAGAUAGGAUAGAUUUAUGUGCAGCUGAAACAUGAUACUGAUUAUGUAAGUCUGGUGGAUGUUAUGGAUGGGGGUGGGGAGGUGUGUGUGUGUGUAUGUGUGUGUAUUUUAGUUAAGUAGUUUGCAUCAGCAUAGAUACAUGCACUAGGAGCACAGCAUGUUUGUUGCUUCUCAUAUAACCCUGAGCUGUUAUCAUAUUACCGCCCACAGCUGAGAUAAACUCAAAUGUGUAAAUAAAGCUGCUGCUCUGCUGUGGUUAUGAGGAGAAAUCAUUAAAAAGUAGACAAAAAAAAAAACAGGAUAUUUUACAAAAUUAAAGAACUACACCCAUGUCUUUAUGAUUAUAAUAUCCAAAUGCAAAGUUAAAACUGCAGUUCCUCAGGUGUCCACUAGAGGCUGGCUCCAGAACCUAAACAAUCUCCAUUAGAGCCCAUACUAAAAAGCCUGUUUUUACAGUCUGGUUCAUAAAUUGUUUUUGUCUUUAUACUCUCAAUAAAAAAGGUGAUUUUUUUUUAAUGAUUCACUUUGAUCACAUUAUGUCUGAGUGUUUUGAUUGAUUAGGCGUAAUUAGGGGCGUGGCUAAUGUAACUCAGCUGAUUGUAAAACAGCCACAUUAUGAUCUUUUUUCAAUCCAUUUUUCUUUUUGUUUUUUCAUUUAUUUGAUAAAAAGCUGAAGAGAGACAGAAAAAAGGGAGAGUAGAAAGUAGGGGAGGACUUUAGGGGCGGACCGGGUCUCAAUCUUGGUCAGUCUUUGGGGCCCACAUUUGACUUUUGGCCGAUUAUUAUCUUUAAUAUCCUUCAAUUCUCUCUAAUUAAUUAAAAAAAAACUUUGGUUCUGUCUACUCUUGUCCCAUCCACAACAUCAUCUGAUCCACCAAGAGAUCACAUGACCAUGCUGCGUAUGUACCUGGUCACUAUUUACUUCUAUAUGAUGUUCAAGGCACAUAUUUAACUUAUAAACGAACUGGCGCCAAACUUUCCUGGUUAGUUUUAGUUGGCGAUUCCAAUAUGGAGGAUGACGUCACAGAAGCUGCAUCCGUCGGUGUGUGACCCAGUCUCUCCUGAUCACAUCCUCAGACUCCUGACUUUGCUCAGCUCAAAGUGGUGGAUGUAUUUCUCCCAUAAACAUGUUUAUUUACGUUAAAAUCAGCCUGUGAUCUGUCGAGUUUUUAGUGCGGUUAAACUCAUGCAUGUUAAAAUGUCUUCAGCUUGUAAUGAGAUUAUCUCAAAAAGCAUUUCCUGUUGGGUAAUGAGCUUCUCGUUUGUGCGUAAUCCUGUGAUAGAGGGUAUUUUGUAACUUCAGCUUUACUUCAUUUCCACUUUAGAGAGCGGUUAGAAGCUCAAACUGCAGGUUUGGUUGCAGCUGAUGGUCCAGGUCCACAGUCAUUUCGUCCAGAAGUGACUUUUACUCAGCAGUUUUCCUCCUCUUCCUCGGUCCUGCGCGCUCGCCCAAAUGAUUUCUGUUGUAGAUGGAAACUUCUGGGCGCAGGAGAGAGCGAGAGAGAGAGAGAGGACGGCUGAAAAAAAGCUGAAUGGGGUGAUCAUUUGUGACAGACGGUCUGUUCACAUUAACAUACAGUGUCUGAAGAUUAGUCAGAAAGUCUCACCAUCACACCGUAAAACCAGGAAACUGUCCUUCAGACGUUUGUGUCGUCCUGCAGAAGAUCAGACCUGCUGUGCUGCAGCUCCCUCCUCUCUGCAGGGCAUUAGUGUUCCUGUUUGUGUGGCUGCUCAGCUUGUUAUACAACACCAGCAGAUUCCAGACAUCAGCUGUUUAACGACCCUGAAACUCCCUCCACCAGUCUGUCCGUCUGUCAGUCUGUGUGUGUGUGUGUGUGUGUGUGUGUGUGUGUGUAUAUUCAUGUGUGUGUUUGAGUGUGGGAUAAACAGGGAACUGUGUGUAAGACGACCCCGAUCACAGGACUACCCCACCUCUGCAAAACUCAUUUAGAGCCUAAUUUAAUUAAUUGUUUAUUUGGUGCUGCAACAUCCAACCAUGCAGACAUCCUGGAGUGUGAAAUUCUCAUUUACCUCACCUGUGCAUGGAGAGCUUUCUGAGUGAGUUAGACAUAAAGACAAGAAAGAAAAGAGAAACCGAACUUCUUCAGUCUGUAAUCUUCAUCUCCUUUUUCUCCCUCCAGAUGCCUCAGUUUGAGAAGUCGACGGUCCACAUGCGGGACCCUGAGAGGGUGGAGCAGAUCAUCUGUGGCCUCAUUAAAGGAGGAGCCUCCAAACUGCAGGUACAGGACCUCCUGAAUUUAACAUUCAACCUCAGCUCUCUGUGCAUGUGAAGAACAGACGAUAAAAAUGAACUCGCCUGUAGAACCGAUGCAUGCUCUGCAAAAAAAGAGGAGGUCCUUUCGUCGCCUUUCAUACGGCUGUUUCAAAGUUCUGCACUUUCUGAGUUCUGGAUCAUUUUAAAAUGCAUCUUCUACUAACCUCACAUAACAUCAGCUGUGCAUCUUUGUAAAACAUCCAGCUGAUGAAACGUGUCAAACAAUUAGACACGCAGAAGAAAAAGGAUCAGGAGAUCCACACCUGUGUGUGCAGAGAGAGAAGAACACAGUUUAUAGAACUUCUGUAGAAAUUCAUUAAACUUUAUUAAACUUAGGAACUUCUUUUCUGCUCGUAUUGUUAAAAUUUGAGUCAUGGACCACAUGAUUAGACUCUCUGCAGGUAAAGAAACAGAAUUUAGGUUUAUAAAAAUGGAAUAAACUGAAUGACAGAGAUAAGAAAACAGAUUUCUUGAACCUUAAGGUUAGAGAGGUGUUCAAAAAACACAACCAGACGAUCUUGGUGUCAACUUCUCCGUCAGUUCUUCACUGCCCCCUGGUGGUACUGAAGCUCCCUGAACCUGAAGUACACAGAAACCCUCUGACCUGAUAAUCAAACCUUUCUCUGCUCUGUUUCAGAUCAUCACAGACUUUGACAUGACGUUAAGCAAGUUCGCUGUUAACGGCAAACGCUGCCCGACCUGCCACAGUACGUAUGAAGCUCUGCAGCGUCUUCUUUGAUCAGAUUGUUGUAGAUUUUCUUUUCUGAAACAGUAAAAUAAAUGUUAACGGAGUCGUCCUCCCUCUCUUCACAGAUAUCAUCGAUAACUGUAAACUGGUGACAGACGAGUGCCGACAGAAGCUGCUGCAGCUGAAGAACAAAUAUUAUCCCAUCGAGAUCGACCCGUACCUGACCAUGGAGGAGAAGUACCCCUUCAUGGUGGAGUGGUGAGACACACAGAUUUAAUAAGUCAUUCUGCUGUAGUAGGAUAAACAGAACGGUGUAGAAACUGCUGGUCGUGUUUGCAGGUAUUUCAAGUCUCACACACUUCUGGUGGAGCAGCGGUUAGAGCGAGACAAACUGUCGGAGGUGGUGAGAGAGUCUGACGCUGCACUCAGGUACCUCCUCCUCUUGUUUACUGUUGCAUUGUGGGAAUGUGAGGCCCUCAUACUCAGAUGUUCAGAUCAGAGGAGCUGUGUAUGAGUAAUGGUUUAUCAGGCGUCCCUCACUAACUCUGUGUCCUCCGUCUCUCAGGGACGGUUUUGAGCAGUUCUUCGACCGCCUGCAGCAGCACAGCGUUCCCGUCUUCAUCUUCUCUGCCGGCCUCGGUGACGUCCUGGAGGAAAUCAUCCGUCAGGCUGGAGUCUACCACCCCAACGUGAAGGUGGUCUCCAACUUCAUGGACUUUGACGACAACGUGAGUCCUGAGUUCAGACACUUCUGUUCUUCCUGGGCUUGUUUUACAGCUCAGUGUCUCACCGUGCUCGGACCUGCUCCUCCUCUCACAGGGCGUCCUGAAGGGUUUCAAAGGAGAGCUGAUCCACGUGUACAACAAACACGACGGCGCCCUGAGGAACACGGAGUACUUCAAACAGCUGAAGGAAUACCACAACAUCAUCCUGAUGGGGGACUCGCUGGGGGACCUCAGCAUGGCUGACGGCGCGCCCAACGUGGAGAACAUCCUCAAGAUCGGCUUCCUCAACGACAAGGUACGAUUGGUGAAUAUAACCGCUCAUCCUGAAGGAGUGAGGAAGAGUCUGAUUUUAUUAGAGUCUGUCCAAGAAUGAAAAUCAGUUUAGGUCAUCUGAAGGGUUUCAAGAAACUUUCCAUGGGAGGUUAAACUGGGGAAUUUUGGAAAUAUAUUUGGAAAUAUUCCAUGAGAAUAACUUAGAUUUAGCAUCGAUUUUUAUAUCAUUUUUACAAGUUAGAUAUGAAUACUGUUAUAGAGCAAAUCUAUUUACCCCAUAAUAUUUUCAGAACUUCCUUGACUCUCUAUAAUCGGUGGGUUUAAACGUCUGUGGGCUCCAGGGUUCGAGAAAUCAUCUGUCAAUCAUGUGCAUGUAGGGGGUGUAGCCUCAAUAACCUGCAGUAAGCAAUGUGCUGUGAUCAUGUGACUGAGGAGUGGACUCUCGUUAAAUCUGGUUGUUUUAGUCAAGAUUAUAAACAAGAUAUUUUCACCGACUAUAUUUAACUUCCUGUUGAGGGCCGACCUUCAGUUUUCUACAUUUCAGAUUUAUUCCCAUUUUUUUCUCAUGGAAAGUUUCCAACUUUGAAAAUUCCUGGAAUUUUGCAGCCCUUGUCAUCAGCCUGAGAACGUUUGUCUGAAUCAUUAAUAAUUAUUUAGAAUAAUAACGGCUGAAGGACUGAUCCCUGCGGUUCACCAAAGAGGAGAUCUGACGUCACACUUCCUCUCCGAUGUCUCUCUGCAGGUGGAGGAGCGACUGGACAAAUAUCUGGACUCUUAUGACAUCGUCCUGGUGAAGGACGAGACUCUGGAAGUGCCCAACGCCAUCCUCCAGAAGGUUCUAUAACUCGACGACACCUCACCCCUCCACUCCUAUCACCCUCUACUGGACGGGGGAGGGGGGCGCUGCCGGACUCCUCACACCUCCUGACACUGGUCCAGAUCAUCUCUGUGUAGCCCCACCUGGAUCACCUCCCCUCUUCACCUUUUUUUAAGACGUUUGACAUCUCCUGAAUGAACUGUUUUUAAGUCCUCACAGCAGCAUCAGCCUGUCUCCGCUGCGUUCGCUCUGUCCAGUCAUUUCUCAUUUCCUCCAAACUGUUUUACAAAGAAGAAAAAAGAGUGAGAGAAACACCAUCCCAGUCUCACUCCAGCUUUAUCAUUUGCACAUUCUUGUCGGCAUCGUGAUCCAUCGGAUUAUUUUUGAUAUAAUAAAGUUUUAUAUCACAGUCGCAGGUGCACACAAACAAACAAAAUAACAAACAGACAGUGUUUUCCUGGAGAUAUCCCAGCAUGCAUGAGGUGUAACAAAGCCCUGUUUGUGUGUCACUCAGCACAUUAAGGACCUUAUUAUCAGAGUAGAUUUAAAACCGUGUUGCCAGAUGAAAUCAGCAAUAUAACCACCGCCGAGAGAGUAUUCGUGGACGGCAACAAAUAGGUAUGAAGAUUGUUAAAGUGAGACUCAGACGGGCAGGUAAAAGGCACUUUAAGAGCGGACGCAGCCUGCACAGGAACGCAUGUGGCAGUAGUUUCGAUGUGUGGAUGUAAGGAGAUCUUUGACCCUGAUGUGUUCGUUUGGUGACGAAGCGACUCUUUCCUCGUAUGAUUCGCUCCACUUUAGAGUUUAGAGUUCACCGUGUAGUUUAAGUACUAACAGUGAGCUCCAGUGGUUAUUAGCAGGAACUAAAACAGUAAAUAUGCCUUGAACCAAAGGAAGAGUUGAAGUGUCGCGUAACUAUAAAGUUAGCCGACUGUUUCAGUGAACAGAAGGAAGCACACUGUUGUUUGCGGCUCAAUCAAACCCAGAGGAAGCUCAUUUUUACUGGAAAGAUGGUGUUUUUCAUUCUGUGGUGAACGUUGAGCUCUACCUCUUAAAUAUUCGGUCAGAGAGUUUGUCGUUUUGACGCUACAACGCCUCCGUUCGUCUCAUCUCGUGCUGAAUGUUCUCUUUUGUGUUUUUAAAUGUGCUGCUAUCACCUGCAUGUUGCCUUUUCUUGUUAAGUUAAUGUCAAAGAAAUGGGUGACGCUAAUAUAAAUGUAUAUCAAUAAAGCGGGGGAUAUGUCAUGUUGUAUAUGUGGGUGUUAAAUAUACAGAAAUGUAUAUGUUGUUUCCCUGCAUCUGGAGAGGAGACCUCCAGAGGUGUAGACCAGACAUAUAGACCAGUGUGUUGUAUUUUUAUAAGCAGAUGCUUUCUGUUGUUGUUUUCUUUGAUGCUGUGAUUUAAAACGCAAUAAAAUGUCUUUUUGUGAGCCGUGAGUGGAUCACAGACUGGACAGAAACUGGGCUCACAAGGUUAAGGUGGUAUUUUUCAGUCAAAGGAUACAGAUAUCUCCAUUUUGUUAAUCAUUGUACACGCAGUUACAGUCUCGAUUUAUUUAACUUUAGUUGUUUUUUUUUUUUGAAAAGUUCCAGAAGUUUCCAAUCUGUCGUUACAAAACUAAGUUACAACCCCAAAUAUGAAAAAGGGAUUUCAUGGUUUCUACUUUGCCUCAGUCCACCUUAAAUUGGCUCAGAGACGUGUCCAGCAUGUCUAAGUCAUGUUUCUGUAGAGUUGUUUUUUCGCACGGUUCACUUUAAACAUAAAUUUGUGAAUGACCUGCA